AUGGAGAGCGAUUGGGCGAUUCUACUACAAGCAGCUGUGGCAGGUGUGAUAGUUUAUGCUACAGCAAAGGUAAUAACUGGGACCCGAUCUCUGGUUCCUCUUUUAGCUAUGGUAUUUGUUGUAAGUAAUGGAUUAGGGAAAACAGAAGUGUUCAAAAGAUACGUUCGUCUGGCGCACAGAUAUUGGAUUAGGUUGAAUCAUGGUAGUUCCAGUGUUCAUGGGCUAAGAUCAUUAUCCGGUAAUGAGGCUUACAAGGAAUUGAGUGAAGCAUCUCAAUCAGAAUUGGCAAUAGCACUUAACUCAUUAAUGAACUACAGAAGUAAUACAAAACGAUCAAAUGAUCGUCGCAGAGAAUUGUUCAAAUUGAUGUCAUGGAGGCAACAGAAUCUAGCUACGAAAACUGGCUAUCUAAAGAGAUUGGAAUCUCUUGAUUCACUCAUUGUCGCAAACCAACGAUUCUGUGACUCCAUUAUAGACUAUACCUUGAGUCAUUACGGUCUUGACAGUUUCGCAGUAAGAAAAAUAAAACCUCAUGGUGGAGGCGGUGGGUCGGCCUCCAAUUCCAAUUAUCGUGUAGUCGAAGCACUUAGCCAUUUUUUGCGCGAUUGGCCAGAUACCGAAAUCUCACCAGAAAUUGAACCUAUGGUACAAUUCGUGACGCAGCAAUUGGAACGAAUUUGUGGAAAUAAAACUUCGUCAUAUUUAGAUGGAGCAGAUUUAGUGGUGCCUGGCUCUGGAUUAGGCAGACUUUCAUAUGAAUUGGCUAAACGGAAUCCAAAAUGGCAAGUAAGUUCAAUCGAAUACAGUGGACUCAUGUCAAUUUGCAACAGUUAUGUGUUUAACGAAAAUCCUAAUCCUUUGACGACUUUCUACCCUUUCAUACAUGGAAAUUCAAAUAUUAUAUGUGCUAAAGAUCAGGCUCGAAGUAUUACGUUCACACCAAGAGUUAAGCCCGGCAAUCUUAAUCAUUUUUUUGGAGAUUUCCGAUUCUUUAAACUUGCUCCAAAUUCUCAAUCGACCAAGCCUUUAGUUAUAGUUACUUGCUUUUUCAUCGAUACCGCGGAAAAUUUGAUUGAAUAUAUCGAUACCCUAAACAAUUUAGCUUCAUCUUCAAAACGAACAACCUAUUGGAUCAAUGUGGGACCAUUGAAAUAUGGCUCGGCUGCUCAAAUUGAACCCACAGUGGAAGAACUUACGGAACUUCGUAAACUCAUGGGCUGGAAAGAUAUCACAAAUUUCUCUAGCAUUGAUGAUGAUGCCAACGAUGGGUCCUUACCCAAACUUGUAUCGUAUAUCACAGAUACGAAAUCGUUCUGGCAAGGAUACUACGGAGUUCAUGCAUUCGCAUGCAAGAAGACAUAG